CCUUUAACAAAGAAGGCCCGAGGGCACUUCGGUAACAUAAUAAAGUUUUAGGGUUAUUAGACGAUCGACGUACAAAGCCGUCAGCCCAUCUUCUUCCCUCUUUCUCCACCUCCUCAACUCAAGCAGUAACUACCGAGAGCAGCGGAUUUUUCAUACUCACAGCAUCAAGGAAGACGACCUUUGAAGAUGGCUUCAGUAAAGAAAAUGUCAGGAAAAGGUACUGCUUCAGGUGUACGCGAGCCCAUGGACAUUAUGACAGCCGUAGAGCUUGUGCUGAGGAAAGCAGUGGAUCGUGGUGGGCUUACACGAGGGCUCAAUGAAGCUGCCAAGGUGAUUGACAAGCAUGCUGCACAGCUUUGUGUGCUAGCUGAGGACUGCAACCAGCCGGACUAUGUUAAGUUGAUCAAAGCACUUUGUGCUGAUAACAAUGUCUCCUUGAUAUUGGUGCCUAGUGCAAAAACUCUUGGCGAGUGGGCUGGGUUGUGUAAGCUUGAUAAGGAUGGGAAAGCCAGGAAGGUGAUUGGCUGCGCCUGUGUUGUUGUGAAGGACUUUGGAGAAGAAACUGAGGCCCUCCACGUAGUUCAGGAGUAUGUCAAGUCUCAUUAAGGAAAGAUUUGGCAGAAGACGAAUUUCUACAUUCAGGAUAAAGCCUCUUCGUUCGAUGUUCGAUGUUCUUUUAUUUCUCACACCUGUUUUGUGUUUUGUAGUACUUGAGAUUAUGUUAGACUACUGAAGUCGAUACCGUUUUGUUUAUUGUCGUCAUGGGGUCCUUUUACUACUGGAGGUGCUGUUUUCCACAUCUGGUCCUAGAUCUCUGCUGCACCAUAAUUUUUGUUGUUGUGGUGGAUUCAAUGCUUUUUUUUUUUUCCCUGGAAAA